UGUUCAGCUAACCAUGCAGCCUCCUUUUUAACACCCUUAGUGCAAUGAGGGUGCUGAGUCUCUGUCUUUCUUGCAGCCUGCUUCGGGGGCUUUUGACUUUUCUGGUGAUUUGCAUUCAGCCAAAAACCCUAGGAUGGAGUCAGGGACACACAGAACAGGAUAUCUUUUUGCUGCCUUUAAACUCCUCUGCAAGGUCUUUUGCCAACUUAGAAAUUGAUAUCAACAAUGAAAAGAGGAGUAAUUCUGAAGAAAGUGUGGAGGGGCAGGGAGAGAUCAAAUCAGGACAAUCAAGUCUCCCUGCUUCUUCUGCUCCUUCUCCUGCAUCUUCUGCCAGCAGCAGCACAUGGGAGAAUAAUAGAAAGACAAUGAUUUUUUCUCACCAGACACAACAGGAAAUGUAUCCAUCUCAGUCACACCAAUAUGGGGAGAGCCACUGCAAUAUUAGUGUGCAGAGGCUCAUGCUCACUUCUCUGUUGGUUCGUUGGGGGCGCCAGUUGGGUUUUCAGUGUGACUUGUUGCUUUUCUCCACCAACAACCAUGGCCGGGCAUUCUUUUCUGCUGCCUACAACCGUGUUGUGUCCCCUGUGGUCAUUGAACAUCUUGGGGUGUCAGGGGCCCAGCAAGAGUUCCGACUUUGUGUGGGAUGUGGAUGGGCUAGGACCAGAAGGAGCGGCCACUUCAGGCACUCUCAAGCUUCUUCUGCAGCAUCUUCAACUUUUUCCUUCAUUUCUUCGUCCUCUUCCACAGAGGAUAUUCCAAACCCAUUGCAAGGGCAAUCAUUAAAUUUCUGCUGUCUGGAUUUUAGCUUGGAGGAGCUAAGAGGGGAACAGGGUUGGAGAAUGAACCGAAAACCAAUUGAAUCCACUUUGGUAGCUUGCUUUAUGACUCUGGUUAUCAUUGUCUGGAGUGUAGCUGCCCUCAUCUGGCCUGUGCCCAUAAUUGCAGGAUUUCUGCCCAACGGCAUGGAACAGAGAAGGACAAGCAGCAAAUAGCACUUAAACUAAAAUUAAAUAGCACUAAAUAGUAUCUCUUAUAUAGUAGAUAUAUUCUGUUGCACUGUACUGUACUGCAUUGUACUGUGACGUUAAUACCCCUUUUACAGUUCAAUUUAUACUAUAAACCUCCACCUGUUGGCUUCAAUUCCUUCUGCCUUAGAAAUUUUUUAGAUACCAGAAAAGUAAAUCUGUAUCUUUAAGUCUGUUUAUUUAUUUAUGUAUAUAAAUAUCAGUGUAUGAAUGCAAUGAAUUAAUAAGGCUCCAGUUUACAUUAGAAAACACAAAAACAAUGCUAAAAAAUAUAUACCGUAAGAGUGAA